AUAGGACGGGGGAAUCCAACUAGAACACAGCGUUGAUGUGCCCUACCGUACAAGGAGACCCUAACUGGUUUAGGGCUGGGUGGAUAGCCAUCGUAUCGUAGCUAACAAUCUUCCCCGACUGGGUAGGGUUUGGGGUGCGGAUCGCGCUAAUUUCCAAGACUGGAGUACAAGAACACCAUUAUCCCGUGGACUGACAACUUAUUAGGACCUGGAUCAAAGAUACAUUCAACUAUCUUGAUUUAAUUCAACGCCAGGAGAAGAAGGAAUUUUGUACCUCAAGAUGGGUCACCGAGCGAAGCUGUGCCUUCUGUUGAGUUUGGCGUGUAAUUUGGCGUGGGCACGGGAGGAGUGUGGUCCCGCCAGCGCCUGUCUCACCACGGCAGACGCCGCCAUACUUCCGGUCGACGAUCCUCAGGUCAACAAUCACAUUUACGUUGGCGGUAUGUUUGGUGUCCGUGAAAUGGGCCCGAGUAUUUACAACAAAGGCGCUGUGCGGGAAAGCGGGAUCCUGCACCUGGAAAUGUUCCUUUACACUCUAAAAAACGUCCGUCCCCUUGACAGUUACAAGGUCAAGGUCGGUGGGAUUGCUUUCGAUUCCGGGUCACUGGCUCAGCAAACGGUAGAGAACGUUCUGGGAUUCGAGACGUGCAAAGUUCCGUACGGGAUCCAGAACGGAACGAAUCCCUCGCGGAUUGAGCCCCGUUACGUCUUGGCCUACGUGGGCCCCGAAACAAGCGAUGAGGCCGUGCAGACGGGCAUCGUGCUAAGGGAUCUCAAUAAGACCCAGAUCACGAAUGCUGACUCACCUCUUUUGGCGAAUAAAAACAUGUUCAGCUACCUGCUGAGAACGACGCCUUCCGCGUCCCUGGCCACUGAUGCAAUGGUGGCGGAAAUGAAGCUGAAUAACUGGGAGCACGUCAUCGCCGUCUACAGCGACACGGCCCAGGGUCGAGGGCUUCUACACAGUUUCAAAACGGCCACGGCGAAGAACAGCAUUUGCAUAGUUGAAACAUUGAUGAUCCCGACAGAUUACUCAGCUGAGGAUAUGGCUCAAUUGGCUGACGAACUUCUGCGCCUUAAGUCCGCCUAUUGGGUGGCAGUUCUGGCUGAGAACAUGUACGCCAAGCCUCUGUUAACCGAGAUGGGGAAAAGGCCUGACGUACGAGGCUCAUUGGGUUUCAUGGGCGCCGGAGACUGGGCCAAAGACAACCAAGACGUUAUCGCAAACGCCAACGGGGCAGCUGACGGUGCAAUUAUCUUUGCACCGAAACUGACGCGCAAAGUUGGCCGCCUUACAGAUUUCGAGACCUACUUUCGUAACCUGAAACCCGAUCAGAACAUGCAGAAUCCUUGGUUCGCGGACUACUGGAUGGAGAAGUUAAACUGUCGUUUACCAGGUGAUACAACUCAUACCGGUUUGAGUGCUUGUACUGGAAGCGAAACGUUGAUGAACGUGAACAUCGAAUUCAAUAAAGAUUUGGCCAGUACCUUUCUAGCUGUCGAGGCCAUCCUGGAGGGCACAAAGAAAGCCAUAGAGAACGCCAAAUGUAACAAUUCUGUGUGCUCCCAUCUUCUGAACACAGAUAAUUCUGGGACCCAAAUAUACGAGGCAAUACGAAAGGUGACCCUGUUACAAGAAGCCGUCUUCAGCGACACCACUAACGGCCCUCCCAAUGAUGAACUCAAAUAUUACAUCUACAACUUGAAAGUCGACAGUAUUGAAACUACACGGCGAUUCGAGUCUAUUGGACAAUACGAUGCUUCAACGGAUACAAUAACGAACCAGAGAGCCGUAGUGCAGUAUACGGCCAGCGGAGAGGAGAUGACAAACCUAGUGACCAAGUGUCCCAGGGAAAUAUGCUGUGACCAGGUCCCAGUUACCACCCCGCGUCCCACAUCUUCUUCCUCUUCCCCCAGUACCACGACAGACCCCACCCACGGAGGCCGACUUGCCCUGCUCUACGUAGAUGCCGAUGUCGAAAUUACUGGGGCAUACCCGUCGUUUCAAAACCGAACCCAGAAGGAUUUAGGCACCCGAUUCGAGUAUGGCAGCGUGUGGAUCAUAGCUUUAGGCGUAUUGGCCGGGCUGGGUAUCCUCUCCGUCAUCAUCUUUGAGAUCUACAUUAUGACCCUGAUCCUGCCGAACAGGUCCACCCGCCAGCUGCGAUCCAUGUGGCUGGGACAGCUUCUCCUCUUCGGAAUCUUCAUCAGUUACCUCACCCUCUUCGCUUUCAUCUUCACGCCUACCAAGGCUACGUGCGGCAUAACACGUUUUGGAGUGGGCGUCUCCUACGCCGUCUGUUUCGCCGUGCUCCUCGUCAAGCUUAUGGUCAUCAUGACGUCAAAAAACACCGAAGGCUACAUUCCAGGUGACGCCGAGUCCCCAAACUACCUGAAGGGCGCUUAUCAGUUACUGCUGUUCCUGUUUACUGUCGGUGUCCAGAUCGUCAUCGACAUCCAGUGGCUCAUCCAGGUCCCACCAGAGGCGGUUCGUGUCAUGAGCAACGCUGGGGAUCAAGUGUGGAUUUGUAACCACUACACGUGGCGCGCGUCCAUCGUCGACGGUAUGACCACGAUGUCCACCUUCCUGAGAAAUGAAUUCGAGAACCACCUUCUAUCUCUGGUCUACGUCAUGCUCCUCAUCCUCAUCACGACCUUGAUGGCACUAAAAGCCCACGGAAUCACCACCAACCACCGCGAAAGCAUUUUCAUUGGAAUCGCUGCGGGCUUCAGCAUCCCGAUCUGGCUGGCCUGGACGCUAGUCGGAGGGUUGAACCGCAACAACACCCACGCCCACGAGUACGGCGACGCCUGCCUGGCUUUUGGCUUGUUCAUCACCGCGACCCUCAUCCUCUUCUCCAUGUUCCUGCCCAAAGUGCGCCAGCUGGUCAACAUGGGCGUGGAGGGCAUCUACCUUGAGGACGACAGGGAGACCAUCUACGGAAGCGUCUACAACGGCCUGCCGCCGCCCAGCUACAAGAGCACCAAGGGACCUGGCUCUGUUAUCUACGUCAACAAUUCAUCAGGCAUAUAUUCUGAACCCAACAAAGGGGAUCCCAAUUCCCUCCAUCGCGUCCAUCCCAAAUCUCACAGCGUGUAUUCUGCACCGGUGACCUACGCCCGCAGACCGGAAUCCAUGCCUGGAACCGGAAGUAGAGUUCUGACGGUUACAGGAGACUUGACCGGUAAAACACCGGUACCCAAUGGGCGACAGUUACAUUCGGAGAUAGCCUAUCCCACGGCCCGGUCUGUCCGCUCUGACAGAUCAGAUAAAGGAACCAUGCAGCGCUCCAGGUCACAACAGAAUCUAGGAUCAUUAUGAAGUGGUGGACGAAGCAACCAAAUGCACUCUGCGAGAUGAAUGGGGAAACGCAUUCAACGAAACCAGAUAGAAGCAAACAAAUACCAAUGCAACAUCAACAACAACUUGUGUUUUGGGCUCAAAGAUUUCCCAUUUUAACCGCAUUGUCAUGGUUAAGAAAAAAAAGAAGACGUUUAUGCAUCAAGACAAUAAUCAAAAAGACGCAUCGUUAAUUUAAAAUAUUAAUUUACAAGGGACCGAGUACAAUUUUUCCAACAGAAAUGCAACUGUAGUGGAAGGAAAUGUUUCGUCCUCGUGUUCCCAUGGAUACCAAAGUAAGGUAAUAAUCUCAGCAGCCUGUCAGUAUAGGCUUGGCGUUCCGAAUGGAGCGUGAAUUGGAGCAGAAAUUUGAUUGGCUUUUUGUCAGCGGGAAUUGUUCAUACAUUUCGAUGUCCAAAUGUGUUAAUUUUGACAUUUAAAAUUUGAUAAUUCCGCUAACUGUGAUUUUUUGUAUGUUGUAUAAUUGCACAGUCCUCUUACGCGGAGGUCAUGCACGAAAUCAAAAUAUUUUUAUACAAAAUGAUACAAUGUACUUUGUAUAUAUGAUAUCCAAUGCACACGAGUAUCACUUAUAAUGGUAAACGGUUAUUCUUUAACGUCAACCAAAUAUUUUCUAUUUUAUUUGUACAUAACUUCUUUUUAAUGUCAUUCUUUUAUUCUCAAGCUUUGUACCUCUUUCAAUAUAUGUCUCGAUUAAUUGUAAAUGUUUUGUGAAUUAAUGUGGUUUUAUUUUCUCUGAUAUACUAAUACAGUCCCGUAGCUUCGUUAAAUAGUAACGUAUUUGGAGAUACUCUCAGAGCAAAGCGAGGCGAAACUGUGUGCAGACACGCAAGCCUUUCUACAUCAGUAUGUAAUACUAAAUUGGAGUGUCAAACUUGUGUACAGAUAAUGCUGCCCUUUAAGGCGAAGAAA